AUGUUCCCAUUCUUCUGCUUUGAAAACCGGGAGAAAUGGGCACGCCAAGUCGGCCAGUCGUCGUUCGACCUGGUGGACAUGACCCAGUUCCACAGCACUUCCUUCCGAAUCAUCAUCUCGUACAUCUUCAUGUAUGUCCAGAUCAUCAUCACUCUGGCAGUUUAUGCCUCAGAUAUUUACACAGCCAUCAUGUUGUUGGCGUUCGACCGCUGGGCCUCUUCCAUCACCCCCUACGUGCCCUUCCACAUCUCCCGAUGGCUGUUUGGAGGCUGCAUUCUCUUCUCAUUUGUGCUUCUCAUCUACGACUACAUCCAGGCUUACCGUGUGUGGAAACGGUAUAACAUCUGUCUCACAUACACAAACCCCAUCUGUCGAACAAUCUACUCCAUCAAAGGUUUCAACUACUUUUGUUUGUUUGCUAAGAUCACCAAGUCUAAGGAGUUCACCGACUACGUUGCCCUGUUUGUCUUCUUCACUUUCAAGGGCUGGGCGAACCUCCUGUUAGCUGAGGGACCGAGACAGGUUCUAAAUGCUCUCACUCUGUAUUCAGUGCUCAAAAUUGACGACGACUUUGUGGGGGCUGUUACAGCUCUGGCUGAGAAGUCACAUAUUGAGGCUGUCGUUGUAUCCUUCAUGGCAUUCUCGCUGCUCAUCUGGGUCAUCUCCAUGUUCAUGUUCAUUCUGGCAAUGCUCUGUUCAUGCUCUGUGUGGACCCAAGUAAAACGACACAGGUGUCACUCGCUGGAAGAGUACUGCUGUGUCCGAAUAGACAAACGAGUGGCACACCUAGUUGCGAAGUACCACAAACGUGGCAUGCAGAACCUGGCUCUGGAGAACUCGAGAAUGUCCAAACAACCCACACUGCCCACCAUCGAGUUCCUGGGUACCGAAGAAGAAAAUAUUGGUUACGGCCACUCCAAUGCUCACCUGGAAGCUUAUGGUGGCUCUAAAACCAACUUGUUGGCAGCCGACCAGGUCGCUGAAGAGUUUUACAGUAAUAAGGAGUACUCUCUGAGUGAUCUACAGUCGUAUGACUCUCGAAACACUCUCGCUGAGCCCUCAGACCCGCUUUCCAAGUCUGAAUUUAGCGACAUCACGAGCAUCAAACGAAGUGACACUGAGCAAUCAAACUUGACAGUCUCUGGAUUCUCCAAUGGUGUUCAUAAAGUUCCCAGAAAGCCCACUCCAGUGAGACAGGCCUCAGGAUCUCUUUACCAAAACGACAGCAGCUCUACAAGCAGGCUUUAUAUCAGCGAUAACAGCUCGAGCUUGUACCAGAAUCCCAACAUUAGCACCUCGGGAGGUUCCAUCAGCACAUUCCUGGAGCCCGAGACUCAAUCGUUCAGUUACAGUCCUCCCAGAUAUGAUCCUUCCGAGUACAGAGGGGGUAGACAACCAUCAGAUGUUCGCGAGAGACCCGAACAGGCUUACUCAAGACGUCCAUCGCAACAGUCGUCUACAAGAAGACCUUCCGAGCCUUAUGACAGAAGACCGUCUGAACAGUCUUACGACAGAAGACCAUCUGAACGAUCAUACCAGAGACGCGCGUCUGGGGCACAGGACAGUCAUCUAUCUUCUCGAUCUCAAUCACCGCAUCUUCCGUUCCAACUCGACCAUCAACCUCACAGCCAGUCUCAGAAUCCCAACCUGGAUCCCUUUGAUCCCUCAUAUAAAUAG